CUGGCGAAUGUCCUGAACGACGGUUGUGUGGCGGACUAGAACAGGACCAAAGGACCCUACGGCAUCGGCCUAAGAAGUUCGAAAUUGGUACAUUUUAAAAACUCACUCGGCAGUUAAACAUUUUUUCUUUAUUUUUUAAUGUGUCUUAUGAAAUAAACAACAAUCUACCAUCAAAAUAAAACCCAACCCAAAGGGUGUAGAACAAAUUAUCAAAACGGAUUGGAAGUGAAAGCGAACACGGUUUUAGAAGUUUUUUGGUGAAAAAGUUUUGACCCAGUGUUUUCCGGUUUUCCCUUUUUUUGUUUCAAAAUUUCCUGCUGUCCAGCGACUUCGAGGAAUUGAAUCAGGGCGGUAUAACUCACGGAUAUGCAAAUGCCGAGGUGGGCGUGGCCGGGGGCGUGCCGAAACAAGCAAAUGGGAAACGCCAAACAAUAGAAGCAGAAAGACAUCCAAUUAAAAAGGACCUACAUAAUCGAACAAGAUAUAUAUAGAGAGAUAAAUACAUAUAUAAAUAAUAUAGAGAAUAUAUAUAUCCCGAGCAAGAUGACCGGCCAUCGGUCGGUGGCCCUUUUGUUGGCCAUGCUAAUUAGCAGCUGGCCAAAAGCCUCUUUGGCCGCCACUGGAAAUGGCAGUAUUGUGAACUCCACCAACAGUAGUGGCAACAACUAUGCAUUCACAUCGGAGCACUCAGAAUACUCGGACCACAAUGCCAACGACUCCAUGGAGUACGAUGCCGAGAGUGUGGCUCUCGAGAGGAUCGUAUCUACGAUAGUUCCGGUCUUUUUUGGCAUUAUCGGAUUCGCAGGACUCCUAGGCAACGGUCUGGUUAUACUGGUGGUUGUGGCCAACCAGCAGAUGCGCUCGACCACCAACCUGCUGAUUAUCAACCUGGCCGUCUCGGACAUUCUGUUCGUCAUCUUCUGCGUCCCGUUCACGGCCACCGAUUACGUGCUGCCCGAAUGGCCGUUUGGCAAUGUGUGGUGCAAGUUCGUCCAGUACAUGAUUGUGGUUACGUGCCACUGCAGUGUUUACACGCUGGUGCUGAUGUCCUUUGAUCGCUUCCUGGCCGUCGUUCAUCCCGUGACGAGCAUGUCCCUGCGAACCGAGCGCAACGCCACACUGGCCAUCAUGUGCGCCUGGAUAACGAUUGUGACGACUGCGAUUCCGGUGGCACUUUCGCACUCGGUGCGAAACUAUCAGUACCACGGAAAUGCUGGCACCGCUUGCGUCUUUUCCACAGAGGAGGAGGUCUGGAGUCUCGUCGGUUUUCAGGUCUCGUUCUUUUUGUCCUCCUAUGUGGCACCUUUAACGCUGAUUUGCUUCCUCUACAUGGGAAUGCUGGCUCGCCUGUGGAAAAGUGCUCCCGGCUGCAAGCCUUCCGCUGAGUCACGCAAGGGAAAGCGGCGCGUCACCCGAAUGGUCGUUGUUGUCGUAUUGGCAUUUGCCAUCUGCUGGCUCCCCAUUCAUGUCAUCCUUGUGCUGAAGGCUCUGAAUCUUUAUGGCGGCAGCCACCUGUCGGUCAUCAUCCAGAUUAUAUCUCAUGUGGUGGCCUACACAAAUUCCUGCAUCAAUCCCAUUCUAUAUGCCUUUUUGUCCGACAACUUUCGCAAGGCAUUCCGCAAGGUGGUUUGGUGUGGCAGCCCGCCUCCUCUGAUGACCAAUCAACAGGUGACCAAGACCACGCGAACUGCAACCGGCAACGGAACGUCCAAUAUUGAAAUGCUCUAAGCGGCUCUUGAAAAUGAAUAAAUUGGGAUCGUCACAUCAUUUUUGAAGGCGACUUUCAAACCCAAGAUAGAAAAUGUGAAUUUAAAACUAACAAAAAAUACAAAACACUAAUGUUAAAUGCAAAAAAAUGUAAACGCGGCGCAUUAAGUUAACUAUAUACAUAUACUAACCAAUAUAUGUCUAUUAGGAGAAUAUAAUUUUCCGAAUUAUAAAAUGUGAUUGUUUUGAUUACACAAUUUUUAAUUCCCACACAAAAAAUCAAAAAGUAGAAUUUUCCUUUACAUUUUUCAUUGUUGAAUUGAUUUAUGUAUUUGUUUUUUUUUUAGAUCUAUAGACGCCCUUUACAAUUUAUCUGAAACCUAGAAAAUUAAGCAAAAAAUGCAUAGACUUAAGACUAUAACAUACAAUUUAAUUUUAUAAAAAAGGAAACUUACAAUUUAAUUGUUCGAAAUGAAAUUUUGCAUCUGAAAUAUUGGAAAUGGCAAACCAAAAAAAAAAAAUCUGAAACAGAUAUGCUGUAAAUUCCGUGUGACAGAAAUUGAUGAGAGUUGACAUUAAAAUUAAUGAGUAGGAUUAAUGGACAGCGGCAUUCGUGUAACAAUGUGUAGAUUUCUGUGUAAUUUGCAUGUGUGUCAUUUAGUGAUUAAGCGAUUAAUAGCAAAAAAUUAUAAUUGAAAAGUAAGUUAUUAUAAAAUUACAUGACCAGAUUGAACAGAAGAGAUUUAACGGUAGGGAAGUGGAAAUUUACAUAAACGAUUUUCGAAAGCUGAUUGUUUUUUGCGUUGCCUAUUGAAAUACAUAUGUAUAUUGUAAGGCCGAGUAGCGCAAAAUUAACUGAAAUUUUUAUUACACUUAAGAAAAGCUAUAUAUGAGAAAAACUGGAAUUUAAGAUAAAGUUAAAACUGGAUUUAAGGGCUUAAUAAAGCGUCACUAGUACUACCUUUUGCAACUAGCAAAGCUCAAUGGAAUAUAAAUAAGCCCCGUAUAAUCUCUUCACCUUUUCCUUUAUGCAAAUGAAAUCAAUCUAGAUUUAAUUCAACAAUAAAAAAAAACACACGUAUAUACAAUGUUUUCAUCUGCAUAAAUUAUAGACCCUUUGAAUCAAAUAAAGAUUAGCCAUAGGUCACCCAAAAGUACCCUGCAUUUCCAAAUAGAUUUAAUUAAUUCAUAAAUUAGCCGAUUGUUGACCAUGCGAAAUGUUUAAGUUAUGACUUAAGUUAAUCAUGUAAAUUGUAAUGAAAUAUAUAAUAAUAUUUAUACAAAUUUGACUAUUAAAUAAGGCAAAUCAAUUAAACAUUUAGAUUGUUUUGUUGACUCUUUCGUUUGCUUGGCUUCGGCCUUGCCGAAUAAAAAUAUAACAAAUAAAAAAAUUAUGAAAACAAAUAAUUAUAGAACUAAAAAAUACCAAAAUGGGAGUAGGUGUUCUUGGUUGAAUUUUAAUUUUUUGAUAUCUUAGAGCUAAGCAAAAUUACAAUUAAUAUAAAUAAAUAAAAAUUAAACAGAUUGUUCAACGGUUUUUUUUUAAUUAAAAUUAUUGUGAACUUAAAGAUAAAUAAAUCUUAAAACAGGUCAAAAUUAGCUUACUUAUUCUUAAAUUUCUUGAAUUAAUAAAGAACGCCUACUACCCCUUUGGUAUACCACUGUACUUAAGCUAAGAAAACUAUUGUAUCUAUAUAUCACAAAAAGAUAUAAAUAUAUAUGGCAACAUAAAUCCAAAUUUAUGUAUUUAUAUUUGUAUUUGUAAAUGUAUUCUACUGCAUUCCUAGCACAGUUGUGGAAUUGAACAAUAUUUGAAUUUAGAAAAGGAAGCAACCGAAAAUAAGAGGCAAAAUUGAAAAAGAGAAAAAUUUAAAUAUUCUAGAAUGUAAGCUAAAAAUUGAUCAAUUUUUUUUUUGUGUGUCCCGUAGGGUAUUCGCUGGUCGCCUAGCCUCACACAACUUCAAACAAAAAUCUAGCGAGUAAAAAAUGCAUUACGGAAUAAACUAAUGUCUUUUUUUGAUUUUCAAAUAUGCAGCAAAUAGUUUAUAGUGUAAGAUGGAAAGCAGAACUUAUUGUAUUUGUAUAUGAAUGUAUAUGUACAAUAAAAUUUGUUCAAUGUGUUAAAUAAAAUUGAUGACUCUGUGUACACAACAUUAAA